CCCACCCGGGCCCUGCGCCAGUCACACUCGCAUCUGGACUCCGACCUGUCACCAGCGCGCUGGCCAUGGACACCCUGGGUAGGCUGCUGCUGCUGGCCACACUGCUCCUGGCGCCCGCUGAGGCCCAGCAGGAAACAGAACGCCGCCUGAAGCCCUGGCUGGUGGGUCUGGCUGCAGUAGUGGGCUUCCUGUUUAUAGUCUUCAUCCUCAUGCUGGUCAACCGAGUCUGGUGCUCCAAAGCCAGAGGGGAAGAUGAAGAGGCCACGGUCAGGAUGGAGCACAUUGCAAGCCAGAACAUGGCAUCAAGUAAAACAGACAAGAAGAAGCAGAAGAAGCAGAAGAAGGCGGAUAGGAAGGGUGGACUGAGCAAUGCAGGCUUGGAACUGGAGGAGAAGGAGUCCUCAGACGAUGAGAGAGGGAAGAAAACCGCCUUGUGAAGCCUGUACCCUGAGCUUGCUCUGUCCACACCCCUCAAGUCACAGCCGCCACCUGAGGCAGGCCAGCUCUGCCCCUC